AUGCUGAGAUCAGAAGUGUUGAAGCUGUCUUCCGAAAACUCGUCAAAAGACUCUUCCAUCUUCACUUGGGCGAGCCGGUCCCCCACCGAGUGCGAAGGCUCACGGGCCUGCUCGUCGGCCGACGCAAAUGUUGGCAGAGACUUGAGCUUCUUUGACUUGCCGGCGUUCUGCUUCGACCGUUUCUUUGUGUCUGGUUGCUCCUCUGUCUCCUCUUGCUGCUCUGGCUCUUCGUCAGACUCGAGCUCCGAUCCGGAACCAAGAAGUUCGCCAACAUCCGAGUCGGACGAGUCGCUGAACUGCGCUGGCUCGGCAUCUUCCUCCUCUUCCUCCUCCUCCACUUCUUCUUCCUCUUCUUCUUCGCCAGAUCCCAAGUCUUCCACUGUCUUGAGCGUAACCAGUCCUUCCUCGUCCUCGUCGUCUUCGUCGGCUUCUUCCUCGUCCAGCUCCUCUAGAUCCUCAUCACUGAUCUCGCUCAUGUCAAAGUCUGACAGAUCAUCAUCGCUAGGACCUUCCACCUCGGGAUUGCUCUUCACCAGAGCAUUCCAGACAGUGUCCUCAUCGAUAUCGGAUUCCUCCUCGUCAUCGUGCAACUUGCUAUUGAGCUCUUUAUCCAUUUUGGAAGCAAGGGCUUUUUCCUGCUUGGUGCUGAAAUACUCGUAG